AUGCCAACACCUAUUCAGACUCCUACUGUUUAUCAAGGGGAAUCCAGCUCUAAUUUUGAAACAAAUGUACUUUCUCAACCUUCUCUACUUGUGAAGAUAACUCAGUCCUUAGGGGAAAGGCUUACUAUAUUGGAAAAGGGUGUUCCUGAAGUGAUUUAUAACCUUGGUGAAGAUGAUUAUAUGGUUACUGAUGAAAUCCCACCAAACUCUCCAAGUGAUAAUCCUCCUUCACCUCCACUUCCAUCAUCAAAUUCUCCUCCACCAUCUCAACCUCCUCCUCAUACUCCUUCACCACCUCCAGGCUCUCCUCCCUAA